UGAUCGAUUGCUCCCCGACUUUUGAGCAACCUGGUGAUGUGCCAUGAGACGCAAGGGUCAACUAGACACUGCCGAAAAGGUGGCGGAGGCCCAGGUGAUUUGGUGGCAGAAAUUUGCCUUGGCCAGAUUUAGCAGGUCCACCAGUUUCAACCUCCUCUGCACCUGGGCCACGUUGCUGGUCUUCAUCACCACCCUGGCGGAAUGUUCGUCCAGCACUGCGUAUGGAAAGUUUGGCCACGAGAGCAUCUUUUCCGUGCCACCCAAAGUUGGAUGGUGGCUCAUGGAAGUGCCUGUGACGAUGUCCUUUUUGUACUCCUUCUUUUGGCUUCCUGGAGGCUCCCCGGCCCACAAAAGCAUGAAGUCGCACCCAGGAUCUGUGCAGCAGCUGCUCGGGCAGGUGAUGUGCCUGCACUACAGCUACCGCGGCUGGAUCUAUCCAUAUCUGCUGCGACCUCACCCCGGUGCGCGCAGCAAUUUUUCGUUGAUGCCAGCCUUGGGAGGUUGGUUGGUGACCAUCACACAUGGCUAUCUCAACGGCAGGUGGUUUGCAGAACACGGCCGGCAUUUGUGCAGACAGUCGUGGCUGAGAGAUCCGCGAUUCCUGCUGGGUUUGCUGCUCUACUUCUCUGGCUUCGUGGCUUUGGUCUACCACGACUACUUGGUGAGGGACUUGAGGUCGUCUCCCGGACCCAGGUACCGAAUUCCACACGGAGGAUUUUUCGACUAUGCCACGCAAGCGGUUUAUUUCUGUGAGCUUUGGACGUGGCUGGGUUUUUUUCUUCUCAGUUGGGGACCCAAUGGCCUCUUUAUAUUCCUGGUCUCUGCUGGCAACUUGAUCCCAAGGAGCGUUGCCUCUCACCAGUGGUAUUUGAAGACCUUUGGUGAUGAGUAUGCCAAGCUUGGACGCGCCUACCUUGUGCCAUUUGUAUGGUGAUGGGAAAA